AUACGUGAAAUAGCGAGAUCGAAUCAUUGCAUUGUUUGACAUUUUCCAAUACUACUUUGGAUUUUUAUACAUAUACCGCAUAUACUUUCUGUUUUAUUGAAGCCCAUUGACAGUUUUUGUGGUAAACAAGCGGCACCUAUUCCUCGAAUAUAGAGUAUGUAAAUAUAUGCUUUAUUCUAUGUGCAAAACUAGCAUCUAGGUUUAAAACCAAGUUAAACAUCUUUCCUGGAUUGUACAUGUAUUUGGGCCGUAUCAAACGACAUGUAUGGCAUAGCGUGGCUACUGUGUUGUGAUUUGGCAGUCCAAUUGACAAUAGGUGAAGCAUCUGCGUAUGAAAAUGUUGCGUUACAUAAGACGGCACAGCAACAAUAUCCAUUUUCUAAUGGAUAUUGGGGAGCAAAUAAAGCUGUGGAUGGAAAGUAUUCUAUCCGGUCUGCCGAUGGAGGACAAUGUACGAUCUCUGACAAUCAAAAGCAAACUGCCACCUGGUGGGUGGAUCUAGGAGACGUUCUCAGUAUACACCAUAUAAAGAUAUACCACAGGACGGAUGAUCUGACUUGGGACGCAAACAACGGACAUCCACCCCGAUUCCUUGGAUUCUCUGUUUACAUAUCGAACACGACCAACAAAGACGAUGGAAUUCUAUGUUUUAAGGAUACAAACUACACGAGGGCCACAAUUCCGGAUAAUGUAACCAUAGAAUGUGUAAAACAUGGACGUUACGUCAUCUACUACAAUGAGAGACUCCCAGGAGUUACCUACCCUGAUGGAUAUUCUCAAUACGCUUACAACGAGCUCUGCGAACUUGAGGUUUACGGAUGCCCUAACUCAAUGGUUUAUAGAAACAAUUGUAAUUUAUCGUGUCCAAGGAACUGUAAAGAGGGUCUUUGUAACAUUGAAAGUGGAACCUGUCUAGGGUGCAAUAAAGGUUUCAAAGGUCUUCGGUGUGAGGAGCAAUGUGAUGGGCGGACCUACGGAGAGAACUGCGGUAUGUUUUGUGGCCCAUGUUUAAAUUUAGAACAGUGUCACCAGGUGAAUGGCACGUGCUUUAAAGGGUGUGACAAGGGAUUUUACGGAGAAUGGUGUACUAAGGGAUGUAUUGAUGGAUUUUAUGGCUAUAACUGUGAAGACACAUGUAACAUCAACUGUGGAGUCCCCGGAAAAUGUGACAGGGUUACAGGAGAAUGUGAAGGAGGGUGUCAGGCAGGAUGGAAAGAUUUAAAAUGUGAUCAGAAAUGUGAUGGAGGCAGAUUUGGACAAAACUGUGCUCAGUCAUGCGGGGUUUGUCUAGAUAAAGAACAAUGUCAUCACAUAAAAGGGAUAUGCCCGAAUGGCUGCGAUAGAGGUUAUCUAGGAGUCAACUGUACACAGGAAUGCCUCCAGGGUUUCCAUGGAUACCAAUGUAAUGAAACAUGUAGUGCAACUUGUUUAAAUAUGAGUUGUAACGCGGUAACUGGAGCGUGUCCAGUGGUGUCUUCUCCAGAUUUGAACACAUUCCUUAUCAUAGGAGGAGCUGCAGUGGUCACGUUUGUUAGCCUGGUCGUGGUUGACACACUAUGUUUUGUUUUCAGAAGGAAAAGUACAAGUCGCAUAGACAAAGAACAAAAUCAUUCAGAAAAGCGUGGAGAACAGUUUUCCUUAGGAAAUACGACACCUAAUGAUGGUAUCUAUGACAGAAUUAGCGAGAACCGACAGUACCAAGAACUUGGACCCAAGACAGAUGGAUAUGAUAAUGGUGGAUAUCAGGGAGUUGGACCAAGGAAAGAGAUAAAUGGUAAAACUAAAGACAACAAAGAAUACCAGGAACUGGGUCAAAUGAGUCAACCUUCUCAUUAUGACAGCUUACAUUAGUGUUGAGAUGUGUAAUUCAUAUUGUUCAUUUCUCGAGAGGGACGUUAACUAUAUACUAAAUCAGUCAGUCAUAUUGUUCAUUAUCUGGUUAUAAAUGCGAUACCGCAAAACUUGUUAAGUACAAACACGGAUAUUGUGAAUUCACGGAAAAAGCGAAAAAAAAACCCAAGCUUCAUAAAUUUUAGCGAAUUCCUCACACGGAAAUAACGAUUAACAGACAUAACGAAUUUAUUUUACAGGUCCCCGUGACUUUGUUAUAAUCGAGUUUUGCUGUAUACUGUAUACAAUUUAUUCUUGUACGGUCAAUUGCAAAGAAAUUGUAAAGCAAACACAAGUGUGAGAUUCAAAUACACACUCCUUGUGACAAUAUAUUUAUUUCCAUUUCAUAGCAAUGGAAUGUUCCUUUAAAUUUCAGGAUAUAUAAUCUAUAGCUCUCAUGCAUCAGCUUUUCAGAACAAUCAUAGAUUGUCUUGUGUAAAUACUUUUUUUUAUGUUUUUACCACAAUAUCUUGUAUAUCAUUGAAUCAUUCUUUUGUCUAUCCCGUUUAUAUCUUAAUUAGCAUGAAAUUGUUGUUAUAUCUUUAUCUUGAAAGUCUAUCUU